ACAGCACAAGAUGGCGGAUUUAGUUUCAUGUUUGUACAACGAGAUGAAGAGAUGUAUCGUCAUCUUUAUAUACAGUCAGUGAUCGUCUCUAGAUACAGUCGCCGAUCGUCUUCAUAUACACUGUUUCAACACGAGGAAAUUCAAUUUGUAUAUAAUGUUCUAAAGUUUCCUCUUCAGUGUCGGAGCAGCUGACACUUCACAUAUGUUCACUGUUUGUUUCUGAGGAACCGCUCGGGGGCAAAGAUCGUAUAAGGCUAAACGACCCGCGGCAUGCUGGGUAAUGUAGUGCGUCUUUUCGGCGACUGUGUGAACUCCACGUGAUCACGUGUGAACCGAGCGCGGCGGUGACGGACGCGCUGACUACAUGUCCCACAAUGCACCGGGUGUGCAGCGUAAACGUGCGGCGCGUUGCGGACGUGUUUGACAGCUGAGCUCGAAUGGGGCAGUGGAGUGUUAACGUCUCCAGCGCAGGUGAUCGUUACCGGUCAACUUUAUUAUACAUUUCAUACACACGUCACGUGUUCACGAAGAGACAAGCACAUUAUUCAUGCAAUCUGAGAGAACGAGCACGUGAGGGAGAAGAAAACAAACGUUUGGACUGACCAAUGAGCGAAGAGAGGUGAAGAGAGGCGAGGUCUCGCUCUGCUCUCAUUUCAGACGAUCUUUGGUGCUAGCGACCGCGCUACAGCUAACGAGCGGCUGUCGGAGAGAGAGAGAGGGGGAGAGAGAGAGAGAGAGAGAGAGAGAGAGACCGACCUACCCACCACCCACCGGGCAGCGCCGUUCCCCGCUCCGCUCCGGUAUGAUGCCCGGUGACCGCGACAUGAGCUCCAUCGUGCAGAGAAUCGCUCGACAGGCGCUCGUCACCUUCCGCAGCCCGCCGCGCGCCGGGGAGGACGCCGGGAAGUCGUUCCUGGAGAACCUCGGCAAACUGAGGAGCCUGAUGACGGAAGUGCGCGCGGCGGACCUGCGGCUCGCUCCGCCGCCGCCGCCGCCGUACCUCCACCUCCACCAGCAGCUCCACCACGGCGCCGCGCCCCCGGUCACCUACAUGCACAUCUGCGAGACGGACCAGUUCAGCAUGGGCGUGUUCCUGCUGAAGAGCGGCGCGUCCAUCCCGCUGCACGACCACCCGGGGAUGCACGGCGUGCUCAAAGUCAUGUACGGCAAGGUCAGGAUCAGCUGCUUCGACCGGCCGCAGCCGCCGGCCCCGGUGGGCGCCCUGCGGCGCUCCGUGCUCCGCUCCACCGGGGAGUUCACGGAGGAGUGCGGCCCGUGCGUCCUCUCGCCCGACCGGGACAACCUGCACCAGAUCGACGCGGUGGACGGCCCCACGGCGUUCAUGGACAUCCUGGCCCCGCCGUACGACCCGGACGACGGCAGGGACUGCCACUAUUACCGGGUGCUGCCGGACGCCGAGGCGAGCCCCGCGGGGCGGCAGCAGCAGCAGCGGGGGGAGGAGGAGGAGGAGGAGGAGAAGGACGCGUGGCUCAUGGAGAUCCCGCAGCCUCCGGGCUUCUGGUGCGGAGCGGAGCCGUACCCGGGCCCGGAGGUCAGCCUCUGAGCCUCUGAGCCUCCCUCUGGUUCACUGGCCCCGCGGUGCCACGAGGCCUCGGGACGAGCGAACCGUUGGUCCGGGGCCACGUGGAGCCGAGCCACAGGGGCCACCAGCUCCGGUCGUGAAUGUAACGCCGCCGGUGACGCGACCUCUGGUCACGUGACGGUGACAGUGCAAAGGUCAAAUAUGAACAAAAGUAAAGUUUCCAUCUCACCUCAGCAGGUAAUUGUUAAAAAAAGUGCGUCAUAUCAAAGCCCCGCCCCCUCAGAGGAAGGGAAGCCAAUCACAUGUUCCUGAGGGAGUUCUGCUGAGACGGAUUGGGACCUGAAUCCUGUUUGACUGUUUUUUCGUCCGUGGACUGAAAGAGUUCAAAAGCUGUCAAAUCACCUGAAUUGGACCAGAACAUAUAAAUAUAUAUUUUUUGAAUAAAAAGCCCCUGAGACGUAUUUUCGCACGAGCGAUGCCAAGAAAUGACAAACUGACACAGUGCAGAGGCCUAACGCUGCCUUCGAGGACAGUCGGGGAAGGUCUGAACUCGCUGCUCGCAACCCUGGACAAGUCUUUGAUUCUUUGAAAUAAGAAAUUUGUAAGGGGGGGGGGGAUAUUUCUGCUGACCUUUGACCUUUAGUUACUCUGCAUACCAGUGUUCCGUGGUGAACGACCUUCAGUGUAAAAAAAGGAAGCAUGAUGUUUUAAAACAACUGACUUAUGGGGUUUUAUAAUAAUCCACUCUGCUGGUGAAUCCAGACGUCUGACUGCACCUGAACGCGGCAUUAAUCUUCUGUUUUGGCCCUGAAGCUGAGUUGCCCCCGGGGACAACGGAGGGACGGACGGCGUCCACGUGUUCGAAUCGUCUUCCUGCUUCAGGUUUUGUUUGUUUGUUUGUGUGUGUGUUUCUCAGAUGAAGAAGAAUGUUUCUUUUGUUUUUUGUUUUGACGACUGAAAAUCAUCUUUUCUCACGCUUGUGGUGAUUCCGACUCUGGAGUUGGAUCCUCAGGACUGUUUGUGAUUUGUGGAACUGACUGAUUCUUCAAGAGACUGUUGGGUUUUGUCCCACAUUUAGAAACGAGAAGUUUUCACUGUUUGAGGAUGAGAAUCAUUAAAUGUGAGAUUUAUGAAAGUUUUCUUUUGUUUAUUGAUAAAGUUUAAAAAACAAACUGCAGCACUUAAAUGUAAAGUCAUAUACGAGAGAUGAUUCAGAGAUUAGAGAUUGAAAGAGGAACCUGCUGAGUUGACUGAGGGAGAUCAGAUUACACAGGUCCUGUAGUCUGAUCUUCAGAUUCUGAAACUGUACUGAUGUUUUUUCUGCCUGCGAUGAAGAUUUCUCUCUCUGUUCAUAUAAAACGUGCUGUUUAUUUUUGAUUAA